CUUUCCUACUCCUACACCCAACAUGUUCACGAUGCUUCAGCCUCCGCAUGGACUUCUUCAGUUUUGCCGAGUUAUGGUGGUCGUGAUCACUCUUUUCAGUUCUGCUACUUUGGUUGUCUCAUAUCAGUUACAUCCAGACGAAGAGACGGCGUUAAAACAAAUUGUCCAGACACUGGCACAGGGUGGGCAACCCUUGGAGGUGGGCGAUGCUUGCAACCAAUCAGGAACUCUGCAUGAUAUGAAUCUGUCGGAACAAGAUUCGGAAGCCAAUAGCACCCUCGUAUGCAAUUGCACCCUCAACCUCAAUAAUGAUAGUUAUUGUCAUAUCACGUCAUUCAGAUUUAUCAAAACGCUCAGUCUUCGAGGCAAGCUCCCACUUGAAAUGGCCAACCUUACGUAUCUUGAAAAUCUUGACCUAACUCGCAACUACAUUUCUGGCAAUAUUCCUGAGGAAUGGGCUUCAAUGAAACAUUUGACAUACCUCUCACUUACAUCCAAUCGCUUGUCAGGAAAUAUUCCUGGGUACUUGGGAAACUUUCGCAGCCUGACUUACUUGUCCCUUGAAGCAAAUCAGUUUUCUGGUACCAUUCCUUUUCAGCUUGGUGAUCUUGUCAACUUAACAGACCUGAUACUUUCCUCCAAUCAGUUGGAGGGAAACUUGCCAAAUACUCUCGCUAAGCUAAACUUGACUGAUUUUCGUGCAAGUGAUAAUAAUCUUGGUGGCAGAAUACCUGAUUUCAUUGGGAACUGGAGUAAUCUUGAUAGACUUGAAUUAUACGCAAGUGGACUAGAAGGGCCCAUACCUCCUGCCAUUCUUUCUGUAGAGAAGUUGACAGACUUGAGGAUCACUGAUAUGUCUGGACCAGAGUUUAAUUUAACCAACAUCCCCCCCAGAGUGAAAAAAUUGGUUUUGAGAAACAUCAAUUUAGCUGGAGUGAUCCCAAGAGAUGUGUGGACAUCGGGUUCUCUGAAAACGCUGGAUUUAACUUUCAACAAGUUGGAAGGAGAAAUUCCUCCAGAUGCAAAAACAAAUGAAUUUAUGUUUUUGAGUGGAAACAAUCUGACUGGAAGUGUCCCAGACUCAUUUUUCAGAAAAGGCAAAAAUAUUGAUUUUUCCUACAAUAACUUUUCACGGCUGCCAAUCUGUCAAGAUGCCCUGGGUACAAACACGUACAGGAGUUCAUUCAUCAAGAAUAACUUCGGACUUCUUCCAUGCUCAAGCAUACAUGAAUGCCCCAAAAGUUAUCGUUCAUUCCAUGUAAACUGUGGUGGACCGGAUGUAACCAGUGGGAGUAUCUUGUAUGAAGGUGACGUAAGCAUUGAAAGUGAUGCUGCUAUGAUUUAUUCCAAACAAGGAUCAAACUGGGGAUUCAGCAACACAGGAGAUUUUAUGGAUGAUGAUGGCCAAGGCCCCGGAUAUACACUUCCUUCAAACUACUCUUAUUUCCCAACGGAUACGGUGUAUUCUACAGCACGCAGAGCUGCCAUCUCUCUCACUUAUUAUGGAUAUUGUCUAGAAAAUGGGAUGUACACUGUUAAACUCGACUUUGCUGAGAUACAAUUCACAGAUGACGAAUCGUACAAAAGAGUUGGAAAACGCUUUUUUGACAUUUAUAUUCAGGGGAAACUAGAGAUAAAAGAUUUUAAUAUCAAGGAGGCUGCUAAAGGAUCUAACAAAACUUAUUCUAUAGAAUUCAAAGCCAAUGUGACAGACAAUACCUUGGAGAUCCGUUUAUACUGGAAUGGAAAAGGGACUACUUGCAUUCCACAAAGAGGAAAUUACGGUCCUAUUAUUUCUGCAAUAACUGUAUGCUCAGAACCUGGAGAAGCAAGUAAAAUACCUAUCGUGGUUGGAGUUGUCACUUCAGCCUUACUCCUUGUUUUCUUGGUAAUGGGUGUCAUUUGUUGGAAAUUCUAUUUUAGAGACAAGUUCAUGAGAGAACAAGAUCUCAAGGGGCUAGAUCUGAAAACGGGUUCCUUCACUUUGAGGCAGCUGAGAGCUGCCACUAACAAUUUUGAUUCUGCUGACAAAAUAGGAGAAGGUGGAUUUGGCUCCGUAUACAAGGGUAAAUUGUCAGAUGGAACUCUCAUUGCUGUUAAGCAGCUAUCUCCUAAAUCCAGGCAAGGAAACCGAGAAUUUGUGAAUGAAAUAGGCAUGAUAUCUGGUUUACAGCAUCCCAAUCUUGUAAAGCUUUAUGGAUGCUGUAUUGAAGGAGAUCAGUUGCUUCUGGUGUACGAAUACAUGGAAAACAACUCCCUCGCCAAAGCACUUUUUGAAACAAGUUUUCUGAUGCUGGAUUGGCCAACAAGAGAUAAGAUAUGUGUUGGAAUAGCCAGAGGUUUAGCAUUUCUCCAUGAAGAAUCUGCAAUCAGGAUUGUUCACAGAGACAUCAAAGGUACAAAUGUAUUACUGGACAAAGAUCUAAGUGCCAAGAUAUCAGACAUUGGACUAGCUAAGCUCAAAGAAGAGGAGAACACUCACUUUAGCACUCGUGUUGCUGGAACCAUGACAACAAAUGAAUUCGUAUGUCUUCUUGACUGGGCCCAUGUAGUGCAAAAAAAGGGAAAUUUAAUGGAGAUGGUGGACCCAAAGCUGCAGUCUGAAUUCAACAAGGAAGAGGCUGAGAGGAUGAUCAAAUUGGCUCUCUUAUGCACCAAUGCAUCUCCAUCUCUAAGGCCUGCAAUGUCAGAAGUGGUGAGCAUGCUUGAAGGACAGACCAGCAUCCAGGAGAUGAUCUCAGAUCCUAGCAUUUAUGGUGAUGAUUUACACUCCAAACUUCUCAAAGGCCACUAUCAGCAGGUCAUGGACCAGAGUUUAAACAGAAAACAAGACCUCUUUCCUCCAUCUGAUAAAUCAUGGAUUGGAAAUUCCUCUACAUCUGCCCAUGAUCUUUACCCCAUCAAUCCCGAGUCCAUAAAUUUAAACAUCAGUGAAACCUCGUCUUUAAUUGAAUAAAGCCAAAGACAUGCUUGGAGCUUCGUUUGUAAUCAUAUAAUGAUCAAUAUUUAGACGUCUACACAACGUCUUGUUGCUUACCAUCCAUCUUGGUAUGCUUAUGGAUUUAUAAUUCUAUAUAAUGUAAACGGUCUAUGGAAGCUAUCUCCGUGGUUGUGAGAAUUCAGAGCCCCAGACACUUUUCCUGGCCAAUGAUUAUUACUCCCGAUUUAUGGGGAUGGAUAUUAUGAAUAUUUUUAAUAAAAUUUAAAUUUAAAGAA